GUGGCUCAUAAACUGGCGCAGCUCGCCAUUUGUUUGUGGCGGCUAAAAAGCCAGUCGCCAUGGGUUUGGCCAUAGCGGCCAUGGUUUUGCGGCAGCUUUAGACGCCACAAAAUACUUGAAACUGCACUUGGACAUUUGGGUGCAGGUGUUUUUGCGUAGUUCGGUAGUUGCACAUACGUUAGGACAGUUACCCUAAACUGCAAUGAGAAAAAGGUUUUUAACAUUAUUUUUACUGAUGCAGCUUAUGAUGUUUACUUUGAAAUUUCCCUGUAUGCUUUUAUGUAUUGUAUUGUGUGACUUGACUAUCGGUCUUUCUAUAUUUCCGUAGACUAUUUAUAACCUAUAAGAAGUGUGCUAAGACACUGACCCAUAUCUCUGGCUCAAACUGAUCAUCUCCGAAACCUUUACACAUCUGUAUUUUUACAUAUUUUGUAGUAGAAUUGCUCAUGACAUUAAUUCCACUGAGGAAAUUUGUCACAUCAUCCAUACAGUUGAUGAAACGAGGCAAAAGAAUACCUCCUAAGAAUUUUUCAGAUGUUCAUUUGAAAGGCACAUCACAAUUCAUUCUUAGACAACUAAAUGAUCCAUAUGUAAAGAGACGAAGACUAGAAAAUUACAGGUGCAGAAGUGUUUUCAAGCUACUAGAAAUUGAUGAUGACCAUAAGAUUUUACAUCCGGGUUCAACAAUAAUAGAUUUGGGGGCUGCUCCAGGAUCUUGGUCACAAGUUGCAAGUUCAAGAGCAUGUGAAAACAACCAGGAUGGCCUUGUAAUUGCUGUUGACAUGAAAAGAUUUCCACCAUUAGAUGGUGUGUAUUCAAUCAUAGGAGAUUUCACGACUGUAACAGUACAAAACAAAAUAGAAGAUAUUUUACGAGAGAAUGGAAAGUCAAAUAAGGUAGAUAUAGUUCUUUGUGAUGCUGCACCGAAGGCAUCGGGAGUAAAAACUAUGGACCAUGAUAUAAUCGUUAAACUGGCAUUUUCUGCAGCAAAGUUUGCUGUUCAGCAAUUGAAAGAAGAAGGCACUUUCUUAUUUAAACUUUUGGAUGGUGACAAGUCUGUACAAUUGAAGCAGAAGAUAGAGGUGUUUUUCGACACUGUGCAAAACAUUAAACCAAACGCAAGCAGAAAAGACUCUUCAGAAUUUUUCGUUUUAUGUAAAGGUUUUAAACUCAAAAACAAAAUAUAGAAAUUGCACAAAAA